CAAUAAACAUUGAUAGUGCUAAAAGAUACGUGAGAAUAAAGUGACUUCUCACUCAAAACGUUCAAGCAGGGUCUACACGGAUUAUUUGGUGGAAUUGUAGUAAGUAUAUGCGGGUGAAAAUCAUUAGAUGAUAUUAAAAAAACAAACACUAUCACUCCCAAUUUAUUAAACUGUCGCCUAAAGUAGGCUACUUAAAGCCCUCCGCUUCAUACAUAAGUUCGAGUUGAUAGAUGUGAGACGCAAACAGGGGAAGAAAAUGAAGAGGAGGAUAAACGACUAGAAAAAUAUGAGACGGAAAAGUGUGUUCAGAUGGGAUGGGGGGCAUUUGAGCAAGAAAAAAGAGAAAGGUUUAGACAGGGUGGAGCUUAGGUCUUGGAUGGAAAAUGCGCCGAGAAACAUUCCUAGCAUUCUUUGGGAACAGUUCAGCAGGCAGCCCAGGGACGACGUCAGCUUCCCAUUUGGUAUAUAAGUCCGGAGGUGGCCAGACUUCAGCAGACUGCAACCGCUUUACCAAGAGCCUCGUAUACUCUAAAGGAGCCUCUAAUACGAGAGACUACCAGCAAACAACAAGAGACAAACGACUGAGAGAGGGAAUACCUAAGGACUCCCCCGAAGAAAGACUUUUCAUAGCCCGGGAACAGGAUUCCUCUUGAACGCAUACACAAGUUUGUCCAAGAUGCUGAUGCUUACUUUUGUCCUUAUCUUCCUUGGAAGCUUCAAUCUGAUCCUCUCCUCCUCCUCCUCUUGCCCCUCCUUGUGUGAAUGUCCGUUGGAGAUACCCAAGUGCGCACCAGGCGUGAGCCUCGUUCCGGACGGCUGUGGCUGCUGCAAUGUUUGCGCCAGGCAGCUGAACGAGGACUGCAGCUGGACCGAACCUUGCGACCACACUAAAGGGCUGGAGUGUAACUUUGGAGCCAGUUUGGCUGCUGCUACCACUCGUGGCAUCUGCCGAGCCAUGUCAGAGGGCAGACCCUGUGAGUACAACAGCAGAAUCUACCAGAAUGGAGAAAGCUUCCAGCCCAACUGUAAACACCAGUGCACAUGCAUUGAUGGGGCAGUGGGAUGUGUCCCACUGUGCCCACAGGAGCUCUCCCUGCCUAACCUAGGCUGUGCCAGUCCCAGACUGGUCAAAGUAGCAGGCCAGUGCUGUGAAGAGUGGGUGUGUGACGAUGACAAAGAGACAGAUAUCCUGGAGAAGAUCUUCGGCAAAGCCAUACUGAAUGAUGAGCUGGAAAGAGACCUCACCAAAAGGAAUGAGCUCAUUGCAAAUUUCAAAGGAGGACUUAAGUCCCUGCCUGCUUUCAGAGAACAGCCUGAAGUCCAUGUGUUUGACACCCAGAGAUGCAUUGUCCAAACCACACCCUGGUCCCAGUGCUCCAAGAGCUGUGGAACUGGCAUAUCCACCAGAGUCACCAACAACAACAGCGAAUGCAAACUGGUCAAAGAGACGCGAAUCUGUGAAGUGCGACCAUGCACCCAGUCAACUUACUCCAGUCUGAAGAAAGGAAAGAAGUGCAGCAGAACAAAGAAGGCCAGCCAGCCAAUUAAGUUCACCUAUGCUGGCUGCUCCAGCCUGAAAAAGUACAGACCCAAGUACUGUGGAGCCUGCGUUGACGGCCGCUGCUGCAGCCCCCAUGAUACGAGAACCAUCCGAGUCAAGUUCCGCUGUGAGGACGGCGAGACCUUUAACAAGAACAUCAUGAUGAUCGAGUCCUGCAAGUGCACUUACAACUGUCCUAAUGCCAAUGAAGCCUCCUAUCCCUUCUACCGCCUCUCCAAUGACAUCCACAAGUUCAGAGACUGAUUGGUGAAGAGUGUCCAAACCCCUCAGCACAACAGAGUGAUCAGCAGCAUCACGGGCAGCCAAUGGCAGUCUAGAUGAAUGCAGGGGUGUAAAUAGACAACCAGCCAACUACCAGCUUCUUGUUGUAACUAGAUUCCCAAGGAAUUAUGGGCUUACAUCAUGAGGACUUAAUGAAGUGCACUGUAUGCUGUGACUACAUCAGCAUUCUUAAUACAAACUGCUUCAUAUUAAUGGAGCAUUUGAAGUAGCUUCGUCAUGGAGCAAUAUGUAAUUAUUAUUUGUACAUUAACUUUAGUUGCUGUUAUCAAUUCACUGUGUAUAUUUUGAUCCCUUAUUUCUGACAUGAUCCAGACUGUAGACUUGUGUGUGUAUAUGUAGAUAUGCACAUGCGCAACUUCAAUUAGCAUACCAUCUUAUAUCUUAAAAAAAAAAGAAAAGAAAAAAAAAAGAUGACGAAAUGGAACCUCUCAGCUUGUUUAACAAGUGCCUGGUUUCAUUCCUUC